CGGAGCUCAAGUACCUGAAACAGAACAAAUAAAAAGCGCAAGAGUUUAGAGAGCUGCUGUCCACUAAAGAGGCUCAGCUGUCUUCCUCUAAAGAGAGUGUCCAAUGCAUCAAGAGUCAGAUGGACUCAUUGGAGAAUGAAUUGGAAAGCAUAGAGAGCAGCCUCAGCAAAUUGAUGAAGUUGGAUAAUGACAUCAAAGCUCUGGACAGCAGGAAGAAACAGAUGGAGGAUGAUAACCGGGAACUAGAGGAAAAGAUGGAGCGGGUGUUUCAGGGCUCAGAUGAUCAGCUGCAGGACAUGUAUCAGAACCACCAGAGGACUGUGAAGGAGAAGGAACAUAAACUAAUGGAGUGCGAGCGUGAGCAUGAACAGGCUUGCCAAGAGUGCCAGAGGAUGAAUCCCAUCAAAUCUAAACUACUAUUUGAGCAAGGCUGUCUGCAGUCGGAGGCGAAUAUUCACACACAAAACAUUGAAAAGAGGGACACCCAGGUCAAGAGUUUAGCAUCUUCCCUGGAGUUGGAGGGUUAUGACCGGACUCCUCUUAAUGAGCGACACCUCGAGAGCUUCCACAGACAAGUCAAAGAAAGACUGGACCAAGACACGGAGGCCCUUAACCAAACUAUGCAUGAUAUGCAGCAGAAAGAGGAACAGAAGCAGCAAAGCAUCGAUGAUCUCCAAGAUAAGAAGACAGGUCUAGAGAGAACCAUUGAGCUGAAGACAGACAUACAAGCCAAGAAACAACAGGAACUGGAAAACAUCAAGUCUGACCUCCAAAGACUGGAGGGCUCUUCAAGCAGACUACAAGAGCUAGACACUGAACUUCAGAAAGCGGAGCGUGAGCUUGAUAAUGCCGUGCAGUCCUGUAUGGUGGACAGUCUAAAGGCAGAGGUCAUUGAACUACAGAAGGAGAAAACUAAACUGGAUCAGGCCCAGCGCAAGUUAGACCAGGAGAUGGAAUUGCUCAACAUACACACCGUGGCACGCACACAGAUGGAGAUGCUCACAAAGACCAAGAUGGAAAAAGAGGAGCAAGUGAAGAAGAUCGAGUCGACACAUAAUGAAGAGCUGGUGUCUCUGCUGGGACACUUCCCAAGCAAGAAAGAGCUACAAGACUGGAUCUACUCCAAAACCAAAGAGAUCAGCUCCACCAGAGAACUGCUCAGCGAAACGAAUAAGGAACUUGCAUCAGUAGAACAGAAGAAGACAAACUUUACUGCAGAAAUCAAACACAAGGAAGAGCAGUUGGUCAGUUAUGAAGAGAGACUUUUUAAUGUGUGUGGCAGUCAGGACUUUGAAUCGGACUUGAACAAGCUGAAGGAUGAGUUGGAGAAGUGUUCAAAACAGAGAGCCAUGCUGGUGGGGGAGACAGCCAUCUACAGUCAGUUCAUCAGUCAGCUGACGGAGGAAGGCGAGCCCUGCUGUCCCGUAUGUCAGCGUGAGUUCCCAUCAGAGGCAGAGCUCCAGGACGUCAUUAAUGACAUGCAGUCCAAGCUGCGGCUCAUCUCGGACAAACUAAAGAACACUGAGCAUGACCUGAAGAGGAAGGAGCAUAGGCGUGAAGAAAUGGUCGCACUGAAGCCAAUCAGGCAGUCUAUAGUGAAGCUCCAGGAGAAAGAUCUGCCAGAGCUCAGAAAUGAACUCCAGGGUGUGAAUCGAGACAUUGAGAAGCUGAAAGGUGACACUGAGGAGCAGAAAACAUUGCUCUGCACAAUGAUGUCUGAGGAAGAAACAGCCAAAGCCUGUCUGCAGGACCUAUUACUCAUGGAUCGCUAUCAGCUUGACCUGAAGGAUGUAGAGAGGAAGAUCGCUCAGCAUGCAGCCAAGUUGCAGGGAGUUGACCUCAGUCGUACAAUGCAGCAGGUCAGCCAGGAGAAACAAGAGACCCAACACCGCCUGGACACAACCUGCAGUAAGAUGGAGACGAAGAGGAAACUGAUCCAGGACAAACAGGAUCAGAUCCAGGCCUUGAGGAGCAGCGUAAAUGAGAUUCGUGGAGGAAAGCUCCAGAUCUCCAGCAAUAUGCAGAAACGUCAACAGUUGGAGGAGCAGUGUGUGGCGUUCACCACUGAGAUCCAAACACUCCACAGAGACAUUCAAGAUGCAGAGGAGCAGGCGUCUCCUCUAGCUGCUGCUCUGGAGAAGCUCCAGCAUGAAAAACAGGACCUUGCUGAGCGCAAGAGGCAGAAACAGGAGGAAGGACAGAAAAAGAUCAGUGCAAUCAAGGAAAAAGUACAAAAUCUGACCCUUCUUGAAAAUGUGAUUACCAAGUACAUAGAAGACGGCAAAGACAGCAACAAAGAGCAAAAAAAAAAUGAGCUACAAGAGGUAGAAAAACGACUACAUGAGGCUGAGAAACAGCGAGACAAGAUCAGUAAAGACAUCGGCAACAUUCGCCAAGAUAUUGACACUCAGAAGGUUCAAGAGCGCUGGCUACAGGACAACUUGACCUUACGGAAGCGUGUGGAGGAGCUAAAAGAAGUGUCCAGGAAACAUGAAGACUUACUUAAAGAGAAAGGCAACAUGCAAGAUCUGCAAAUGUACAAUGAGGAGCAAGAAGUAAAAAAGCAAAAGUUGGAGGACCUGAAAGAGAACCACAAUGUGGCACUUGGUCGUCAGAAAGGCUACGAGGGCGAGAUCCUCUGUUUUCAUAAAGAGCUCAGUGAGGACCAGUAUUGCCGGGCCGAUGAUCUCUACAGAGACAAAAUGAUUGUGAUGAGAACAACAGAGUUGGCCAAUAAGGACCUGGACAUCUACUAUAAAGCCCUAGACCAAACGAUAAUGAAGUUUCACAGCAUGAAGAUGAAGGAAAUUAAUAAAAUCAUCAGAGAUUUAUGGCGGAGCACGUACAGAGGACAAGACAUCGAGUAUGUGGAGAUACACUCUGAUGUGGAUGAAAACGCCUCCGCUGGCCUGAAAAGAAGGACCUAUAACUAUAGAGUGGUAAUGGUCAAAGGAGACACCGCUUUUGACAUGCGUGGACGUUGCAGUGCUGGACAAAAGGUUCUGGCCUCUCUCAUCAUACGGUUGGCUCUGGCUGAGACGUUCUGUCUGAACUGUGGGAUUCUGGCACUGGAUGAGCCAACUACCAACCUAGACAGAGAGAAUAUAGAGUCUUUGGCACACGCACUGGUGGAGAUAAUUAAGAGUCGUUCUCAGCAGCGUAACUUCCAGCUUCUUGUUAUCACCCACGAUGAGGAUUUCGUGGAGCUCCUGGGACGAUCCAACUAUGUGGAGUAUUUCUACAGGAUCCGGAAGAACCGGGACCAGUGUUCAGAGAUCACAAAGUGUAGCAUCAACACUCUCAACUCCUACCUGCACUGAUGCAUCAGAUCAGAUGAGAGAAGAAAGACUGUUAGUCUACAAGUCAAGUCAGCUUUAUAUACCACGACUUAGGUGCCCUUGAGCAAGGCACCGAACCCCCAACUGCUCCCUGGGCGCUGCAGCAUAAAAAUGGCUGCCCACUGCUCCGGGUGUGCGUUCACAUUGUGUGUGUGUGUGUGUGUCUUCACUGCUCUGUGUGUGUGCACUUCGGAUGGGUUAAAUGCAGAGCACAAAUUCUGAGUAUGGGUCACCAUACUCAGCUGAAUGUCACGUGACUGACUUUUAUUUAUAUAGCGCUUUUAACAAUACUGAUUGUAACAAAGCAAAGCAAAAUACCAUCGGUGACAGAAUGGAGAAAAAACCUUUGGAGAAACCAGGCUCAGUUUGGGGGCCAGUUCUCCUCUGACCAGACGAGGCUGCAUUUAUGUAUUUAUGUCCUGGUCUCCGCUGGCUUUUUUAUCUAAACAAAAGACUUAUCAGCCUUUCUUUACCUACCUACUAAAAGUGUAGUUUGGCCUUCUUGUAAAUUGUAUAUAUAUAUAUAUAUAUAUAUAUAUAUAUAUUCUAAUUAUGUGUGGCUUUAUUUCAUGAUAGGUUAUCUUUGCAUCAAAAAGUAUUUGUCUAUUGUUGUUGAUUUGAAAAGUACUAAUUCAUCAUAAUUAAUUAAUCAAUCUAAUUAUUCAUCUUUUAAUUUAAGUGAGCUUAAAGCAAUAUUCACAUAAAUCCUAACGAUAUUUAAAUCUGCUCAGCCUGACGACAAAAACAUUAUAUAAUUUUUAAAUAAUUACAUAAUUUGGGGAAAAUAUAGCUACUUUAGCUUUACAUUGGAUAUCAAAAUAUCAAGUUGCAUUUAUUUUAAAUAAUGCACAUGUAAAUUUAGUCUUCUACAGUGUUUUGAAUUAUUUAACUCUUGUCUUUUUAUAUUGAUGUGUUUAUUCUUCUAGAACAUGAGGGGAAGAAUAAAUUGAAUUAAAAGAAAUAGAAAUGAUUUUUUGUUGUUGU